CUGCCGCCAGGUGACGGCGUUACUCAACUUGAAUGAAGGAGCCAAGAUACAAAAUCUAGAAAUGGCGAUCGCCAUGGCACAACACCACGACGGUAUCACGGGAACGAGCAGCAGCGAGGUCGUCGCCGAGUUCACUCAACGCAUCAGCGAAGCUCUCGACGGCUGCGAGGAAAUCGUCGCCAAGGCUAUCGACAACCUCUCCAGCAUCGGGUCGAAACGGCUGCUCUACCCCAAAUUCUGCCGGACGCUCAACCAGAGCGAAUGUCCGCCGUCGGAGAGUCUCGAGAGGUUCUUUGUGUCGGUGUACAACCCACAGAGCAUCAUGGUGAAGACCCACGUUCGGUUCCCCGUCGCCACGAGUGGAUACCGUGUCGUCAACGACCAGAGAGCCUUUGUGCCCUCCGAGAUAAUUCCCAUCCAGCACGCGCUGUUCCACAUUCCCGAGAGAAACAGCACUUCGUUCCACGACCUCGUGUUCCUCGCCACCGUACCUCCGCUAGGGGUCACCACUUUCCUCGUGCAGCGGUUCCGCGGAGCUACAUUCUUGAGGCAGCAAAUUAAGGCGAGUGAACGUGAACUCUCUGCCGGCACAGACUACGUUCUCAAAAACAAGUGGUACAGAGUGGCGGUGGACUCCGGCAGCUGCCUGUUGAAGAAAGUCGUGCUCCUGAGCCAGAACCAGCACGUGGCCGUGGAGCAGACGUUCGCCGGCUAUAGCUCCGAGUACGGCCACGUCCUGUUCGCGCCCAAAGAAGCCGCCGCCGAGGAGUUCCGCGGGAACGCCACCUGCCGUCUCGUAACGAGCACCAUCGUGCAGGAAAUCCACCAGUGGUUCAACCCAUGGCUGAGCCAGGUUAUCAGGCUCUACGUAGACAAGGACUACAUCGAGUUCGACUGGAUCGUCGGACCCAUCCCUACCUCACCCCCGUCGAAGCUCGGUUACGACGUGGUAACUCGCUUCAAGUCCAACCUGACCAACUACGGCGUCUUCUACACGGAUUCUAACGGCAAACAGACAAUGCCACGAGCCGCUAAUGCGACGAGACCGUGGGACGUGAGCGACAAGAACCAGCGCGAGCGCCACCUGGUGCAGUCCAACUACUACCCGGUAGUGUCCUGGAUCUACAUGCGCGACAGGAAGAGGUCGCUCCAGAUGAGCGUGCUGCCUGACCGUCCGCAAGGUGGCACCGCUCACCAGCCCGGAACCAUUGAGCUCAUGAUCCACCGGCGCUUCAUGGGCCACGACGGCAAAGGGGUGGCGCAGUCCCUGAACGACCUGGGCGUCGACCGCAAGGGCCUCGUGGUGCGCGGCCGCCACCUGCUCCACCUGGGCCCCAUGGACGUGGCCGCGGUGCGCGUCCGGCAGCUGGCCAACGGACUCGUCAUGGCCCCCGUGCUGGCCUUCUCCGAGGGAAUCACGCCGCAGACGCGCACGAUUGAGACGCGCAACUUCCGAGGCCUGGGCGCUGCUCUGCCGCGCGGCGUGCAGCUCCUCACGCUGCAGCAGCUCGAGCCCAAGAGGGUGCUCUUCCGGCUGGAGUACAUGCAGCCAGCCAUCGUGCCCCGCGAGACGCCCGUGGCGGACGUGGCCGUGCCUCUGCACGCUCUGAUGUCCACGUACCAGACGAGCAACGUGCGCGAGGUGACCCUGACGGCGAGCCAGUGGGUGGACGAGCAACCCGAGCAGUUCGAGUGGAACGUGACCGUGGCCAGUGGCCGGCGCCGCGGUUACUCGCCGCGCCGCAGCGGAGACGCCUUCGACGAGCAGGGCGGCGGCGGCGGCAACCGAGGCGCCAUCGUGAAGGCUCACAUGGCCGUCGGGGAGAUACGCACCUUCGUCGCCGACCUGGUGCUGCCCAACAAGUAGAAGAGGGGGGGGGGGGGCGUCGCUCGCCGUGAUCUGCGUCUGGGAGAUAAAAUGAAAAACAGCGUCAAUGACAAACGCAGUGGUGUGUGCGUUCCAUAUAUACGACCGUGCCGAGAAAAAAGAAGAGAAUAAAUGCUAAUGCCGCAAU